AAGAGUGUCAUCUAUCAGUUGAAUAAAAUGUUAAAAUAGAAUUACGUAAAUAUUCACAAAGCCGUUUAAAACUACCAAUUUUACUUGUUUCUUGGUAACAAAUAAUAACAAAGAUGCUACGCAGUGCUUUGGUACCUUGCAAAGAUGCCCUUACGAAUUCAAAUAUAUUACGGAAUCUAACCGGUAGUUUUGGCGUUGUGCAGCUACAAAAAAGAGGUCAAUCUACACAACCUGUUCCAGCUGACAGACCCUAUUCUCCAUUCAAACCAGACAAGAACAAUUUAGGAGAAUAUGCGUUUGCCCGUUUGGAUGAUCUUUUAAAUUGGGGAAGGAAGGGUUCCAUGUGGCCUCUCACCUUUGGUCUUGCAUGUUGUGCUGUUGAGAUGAUGCAUAUGGCUGCUCCUAGAUAUGAUAUGGACAGGUAUGGUGUAGUAUUCAGAGCCUCUCCACGUCAAGCUGAUGUGAUAAUUGUAGCUGGAACUUUGACAAACAAAAUGGCACCAGCUUUGAGAAAGGUAUAUGACCAGAUGCCUGACCCAAGAUGGGUAAUUUCCAUGGGAAGCUGUGCCAAUGGUGGUGGAUAUUACCAUUAUUCAUACUCAGUUGUAAGGGGUUGUGAUAGAAUUAUUCCUGUGGAUAUAUAUGUACCAGGAUGUCCGCCUACAGCUGAAGCCCUUUUGUAUGGAAUUCUACAGUUACAAAAGAAAGUUAAAAGGAUGAAUACUUUGCAAAUGUGGUAUAGAAAAUAAAUAGUUUAAAUCUAAUUAGAAAAUUAAGAUCAAUUUAUAAAAAAAAUACUUCCCUGUAAAUAAUUGUUUCUUGUGAAUUUUGAUUUGAUGUAAUUUAUUAUAAAUUUACAUUAAAGUAUUCAAAUAUGAUUUCCCUGUAUACUUUGUUGGUAAUCCAAUAAAUUUGUAUAGUACAA